GUAAGUUCAUUGGUAUUUACUUAGUUAUGCACUUUUCGACCCAAUUAUCACUUAAGGGUAAAGGAUUUGAAAAAAACCUGAAUGGUGUUCAUUAUUGGGAAGUAAGUGUAGUUCGUCACGAUAGCAACGCUGACAUUGUGGUUGGUGUUGCUCAACCAGCUGUAAACAGGAAUAUUAUGCUAGGCAAGGAUCUUCAUGGUUGGUCUAUGUACGUGGACGGAGAGCGAUCAUGGUAUCUUCAUAAUGAAACUCACCAUAGCCGAAUUGUUGGUGGCAUAGGGAAAGGAAGCGUUAUCGGCGUAAAACUGGAUUGUAAUCGAGGAACAAUCGAGUACAUUAUCAAUGACAGAAAACGAAUGUUUGAGAAAAGCACGUUCGCAUUCACAAAUCUUCCUCGAGGUCUGUACUAUCCAGCAUUUUCGGUGAAUUGCAACUCAACCAUUACCAUACAUACUGGCCUGUGCGCACCAUCAAGUUCAAGCAGUGAUAGCGAAAAUCUUCCCCGAGGUCUGUACUAUCCAGCAUUUUCGGUGAAUUGCAACUCAACUAUUACCAUACACACUGGCCUGUGUGCACCAUCAAGUUCAAGCAGUGAUAGCGAGUAGUA